AUGUUAAGAAUACCACCAUUCCUUUUUAUAGCAGCCAUGGAAAAGCCUGCUCGCUACAAAUCAAAGAAUAAGAAGCUAGCCGCUAAAGCAAAGACAUCGAAGAAACGCAAAAGUGACGGUCCAACUUGUUCUAUGUUCUUAGCAGAGUUAACCAGAAAACUGGCUUCCAAAAAGAAGCAGGAAGAAGAAGAAGAACACUCACCAAGAAAUAUUGUCCAAACAAUAAUAGACAGCAUCACAAAUGCCUUACCAGUCAAAAUUUCGAGAAAAUCUCCACAGAAAAUUCCAUCACCCAUGAAGAUGGAGACACUGCAGACAUUCGCACCAGAACUAAUACCCAAUGACAUACUAAAUAUCCCGCCACCAAACCCCCCAUCACCACCCGUUCCACCGAUCAAUGACGAUGUUUCUAUGGAAGAAGUAGAAAUAGCCGUACAAAAACCAGGAACAUUCAAAAUGCCCAAAAUGCCUUUAGUCAGCAGCGAAGUCCUCAAAAUGGCAGUUAUAGAAAGGAAAAAGAAGAUUCCAAUGCAAGACCAAGCAGUCAACACGGGAACGGAACACGAUGUCGCUACGGAGAUCGCUAAACAUGUUAGCACGUUAAGAAAAAUAUCUUUGAUAGCGGAAGAAUUUAACCAGAAAACAGCCAAAAACUUAAAGGAGAUAGUAGACAGCGUCCAGGAAGAUCUGAUAAAGAAACUAGAACAAAUACAAGCAGAGAAAAGAGCUGCUUCAGACAGAACAUUCCACCUUGAAACUGAAAGCGAAGACCGAGACGAUUAA